ACCGAAAAAACAAAAAAGAAGCGCUUUUUAUCUCCCUCUAGAAUUCAACAAAACAACUCUUCUUCCCCUCCAAAAUUCCCUCCACCAAAUCAAAUCCUAAAAAAACCAGAGACAUUUCCAAAACCUCUUGAAUUCAAAAUCUCUAUUUUUCUCCCCUCCAAAACCCACCAUUAUACAUGUGCUCCCUCUCCCCUUCUUCCUCCCCAACUUCAUUCCUCACUCUUCGCCUCUCUCACCCAAAACCCAAUGGCUGCCUUCCCCAUUUCCCAACAUGAUAACAAGGAAAAUAUCCCUCCUUUCCCUCCUAAACAAUCGCCAUUGCCUCCUCCUCCUUCAAGACCUUCCUCUUGCAAAAACCACAGAGGGAGACCCAGGAAGCCGCUUGAAGACGUUACCCAUCUCUUAGUUAAAGGCAUCGCUCCUGGCAACCAAAUUCACUUAUCUUCCCAUUCUUUGGGUAAUCAAGUUCAAGGCAGAUAUGGGAAGAAGAAGCCUCUUGCUUCAGGGCUUGAUUCAAUGUUGGUGCAUAAGAGUAGAAAUUUCAGAUAGUUGGCACCUAGCAGCCAACAAUUUAG